CACGAAAGAAAAAGAAAAAGACAACGACACGUCACUGAGGUUAUAUUAAAGAGAGAAGAUGGCUAGCACUGCGGGUAGUUUUCACCUACACACCACAGCGGAAAAGUUCUACAUAGAGCAAAGUGAUAAUGACUCUGUGGAUGUCCUGGUCAUUGAUAGAGUAUCUACUGAGAUGUCACUUACUGUGAGAAGCGAUGUUCCUAUGUCAGCUGAAACCAUGCCAAUAUGUGGAGUUAUGGGAACUAUUCGAUUGCCAGCAGGCAUGUACCUCAUAGUGAUCACAAAGAAGAUGAAGGUGGGAGACUUACUGGGCCAUGCUGUGUGGAAAGCUCUGAACUUUGACAUCAUUUCUUACAAAAAGACAGUACUACACCUGAACGAUGACCAGAUGCAAGACAACAAAACCUUUGUAUCCAUGAUCAGCAGUGUGCUUCAUACGGAUGGCCUCUACUUUACAUCAGACUAUGACCUGACCCACAGCCUGCAGCGUCUGGCAAACACAAGCCCAGAUUUUCAAGACAUGAGUCUUCUGGAGAGGGCAGAUCAGCGCUUUGUUUGGAAUGGCCACUUGCUACGGGAGUUUAUGACACAGCCAGAGGUAAGAUACUUGCACAGGUUUGUGUAUCCUGUUGUCCAUGGUUUCAUUACCAUUAACUCGAGCUCCAUCAAUGGAAAGGUGUUUGAGUGGAUUAUCAUCUCCAGAAGAAGCUGUUUCAGAGCCGGUGUCCGCUACUAUGUCCGAGGCAUUGAUUCAGAAGGCCAUGCUGCUAACUUUGUGGAAACUGAGCAAAUUGUGCAAUACAACAAUUACAAGGCUUCAUUUGUGCAGACCAGAGGCUCCAUCCCUUUCUAUUGGUCUCAAAGGCCCAAUCUGAAGUACAAGCCAAAGCCACAGAUCAGCAAAGUGGUUAACCAUUUAGAUGGAUUCCAGAGGCACUUUGAUUCCCAGGUUGUUCUGUAUGGAAAACAAGUCAUUUUGAACUUGAUCAACCAAAAAGGUUCUGAAAAGCCUUUGGAACUAGCAUUUGACAAGAUGGUAACCAGCUCGGGUAAUGGUAUGAUCAAGUACAUAGCAUUUGACUUUCACAAGGAAUGUAGUCGGAUGAGGUGGCAUCGGCUUCAGAUUUUACUGGACAGUGUUUCUGAAAUACAGGAUGAAUUUGGAUAUUUUCUUGUAGACGCUGAAGGGAAGGUACUGAUGAACCAAGAGGGUACAUUUCGGAGCAACUGCAUGGACUGUCUGGACCGUACCAAUGUCAUCCAGAGUCUGCUAGCCCGACGCGCCCUACAAUCACAACUGCAGAAAAUGGGACUUCUCCACCUGGGACAGAAGAUCGAAGACCAGACUAAUUUUGAGAAGAUUUAUAAGAAUGCGUGGGCAGACAAUGCUGAUGCAUGUGCCAAGCAGUAUGCUGGAACUGGUGCCUUAAAAACAGACUUCACCAGGAUGGGGAAGAGGACUGUGUGGGGUGCUGUGAUGGAUGGCUGGAACUCUGCAAUCAGAUAUUACAAGAACAACUUUUCAGACGGCUUCAGGCAGGACUCCAUUGACUUGUUCCUGGGGAACUAUGCUGUGGACGAAGCAGACUGGAUCACUCCACUGCAAGAUCCCAAAGACUGGAAGUUUUUAACUCUGCCUAUCGUCAUGGUUGUAGCUUUCUCUAUGUGCAUCAUCUGUCUGCUAAUGGCUGGUGACACGUGGACUGAGACUUUGGCCUAUGUUUUGUUCUGGGGAACAGCCAGCGUUCUGACAGGUGGCCUGAUCCUGUUUAAUGGACGAGACUUUGUGGACGCUCCCAAGCUGGUUCAGAAGGAGAAGUUGGACUGAAUGUGUGCGUGUGGAAAGCAGCUGGGCCCUGGCGACCUUAACAUGUCAUCACUUCCCCCCCACCAUCGCCAUCUGCAGGCCUGGAGCUUGUAUUAAACAUGACCAGAGCAGACGAGGAUGAUGGCUACCACAACCAGCCCAGUGUGAAACAACUGAUACUGGGACUGGGAGAUUCUGCAGGGGUUCUGCUGCUGUCCACACGUAACCCGUUGUAGUGGACAGGACUGUGUGUCCACUGGUGUCCUAGUAGAAUCAUCAGUUAAAGGACAAUACUGAGCACUCACACAGUUUCUUUUUUUCUUUUAUCUUUUUUGAGUGCAUUAAUAUGUGAUAACUGAGAAGACCACAUCGUUGUAAAUGAAUGACGCUUCAGAAUGUACAUGUUUUAUAUUUGCAUUUGUUAAAGCAUAGAUUAGAUAUUGCUGUUCAGCAGCUUUGUCAGUUUUUUUGCCCUGGCCUGUUUCAAAGUGAGCAUUAUAUACAGCACCAAUUUAUGGAUGACUUGAUGCCUGUCAGUAAAGCAACCAUCUGCCAAUAAGAAGGCUGUUGGUUCCAUUUCUGAGUUCUUGUCCACAUGUCUAUUGAGCAAGACAAACAACCUGAAAUUGGCUAUCAGUGUGUGUGAAUGUCGGUGGUUCAUUAUGACUAAGCAGUAUCGUAUAGAGUGGGGAGAACAAGUAUUUGAUAUACUGUCGAUUUUGCAAGUUUUCCCACUUCUGGAUGCAAAGCAUCUAGAAAUUUCAAAUUUUUAUCAUAGAUUCUCUCCAAGGGUAGAUCCUCGAUGUUAGCAGAAUCAACCAUUAGUUGAACAUGUUGGCAUAAAUAUGUUGUAAUUUUCCUACAAACUAAAAUAUUGAUGUUUGUGAUACACCAAAACUCAUAUUUACUUCAAAAAUGUACAUCUUCUGUUUUCACCGUUAUAGUAGGUUUUUCACCCAUGGAGGUUGCCAUUUUUUCACCGAUGGGUUGAUGACAUCAUGAAGUCCACUCUACUGGAAUCUACACAGGAAGGCAGGCUAACUUUAUCUGAGUAGUUUAUUAUAUUGCUUUUGAUCAGUGUAAUUUUAUAUAAUGCCCCAUUGUGUUACUGUUGACUAAUUUUUUUUAAAAGAAAAGGAAGGAAAAAAUUGAGGCGAAUCUGAAUAACAUUAUACAGGCCCUCUCAGGCUAUCAUCCCCAACCCGUGGACCAAUUGGUACCGGGCCGCAUAAUAAAUAAUUAAAUUUUUCCGUUUUAUGUAUUAUCUUAGUCUGGAGGAUCAUCUAUUUUGAAGAUUAAUAAUCACUGAAAGCCGACAUAAAUGUUGGAAGAGCCAUGGGAUUUAAAAUAAAAUGUUUAAAAAGUU